ACUAAAACAAAAGGGAGAUGCACGGUAUAACAGAAAAGUGUAGAAGAUAGAUAAAUACUACAAGUCCUUUUCAUGGAGGAAGAAGAAGUUGAACGAGCUACGUCCAUUUUUCCAAGCUGUUUGUUAGAUCACCAAGAGACAUUUUCAUGGGUGACUAUUCCUCACCACCUGGACCAGAAUUUGAUGUGUAUUUCAGUUUCAGUAGAGAAGAUCCUCAGAAAUAUAUAACAGAGUUUACAAAUAAGUCUUUAAUCAUUGGUGGAAUCCGUACAUUCAGGGAUGAAAACCAGGUUCUCCAAAGAGGACUUCAACUUGAGAAACAGAGAAGAGAAGCUAUCCAAACUUCAAGGAUUGCCAUUCUUCUGCUGUCCCAAGAGUAUCUCUCUUCUGAUUUUUGCCUUGAAGAACUUGUUUUGAUCCUGAGGUGUAGGGAAAGAUGGGGAAUGAUUGUUGUGCCUAUUUUCUAUGAUUUGAACCCUUCUGACCUCAGGAAACUAAGAGGGCCUGUUUCCACUGCUUUGAGUAGACAAACGGUUGGAGGCUGCUGGUGGAAAAGGUGGAAGUUCGCCCUUCAAGAGGCAUCUGAUUUGUGCGGUUGGGAUCACACCACAUAUAUUGAUAUUUUUAAGAGUGAAUCCAAGUUUGUUGGGGACAUUACACAAGAUAUCAGGGAUAAAAGAAUUCCUUCAAAUUUGAAGAUCUCUAUAUACCCAAUUAGAUAUGACGCCUGUUAUGAGUAUCUUAAUCUAUUCUUGCAAAUGGGGUCAAAUGAAGUUCUGGUUGUGGGGAUUGGAGGCCAAAACAAAAUGGGAAAGACAAUUAUAGCUAAAUCAGUUUAUGAUGGAAUUUUUGAGGCCUUUGAUGGCUGCAGCUUUCUCCGCGGCGUGGGACAGAAAUCAAGAAAACCAAAUGGUCUAGUUCACUUGCAAGAAAAACUUCUUUCUGAUCUUCUGUUGGGAGAGAGGAUAAACAUAACUAGUGUAACAAAAGGUGUUAAUGUCCUAAAGGAAAGACUCAGUUGCAAGAAGGUUCUAAUUGUUCUUGAUGAUGUCGAUAAUUUAGACCAAUUAUACGCACUAGUUGGAAGCCGAAAAUGGUUUGGUUUGGGAAGCAAAAUCAUCAUAACAACAAAAAUAUUGUCACUGCUUUAUUUCUAUAAAGUGGACCAAGUAUUUGAGGCUCAAGGCCUUCCUCUACCAGUUUAUAUCCAAGAAAUUUUAGAACCUUAUCAACAAAGUUGUCACCGGAUUGCAGGACUAAAAGGGUAUAUUCAGAGCUUGUGUUACAUGACCAAUGACAGGGUAAAAUUGCUCGAAGAUCAGUUGCGUAGAGAGUGUAAUACAAAUGCGAUUCAGGCACAAAAGGUAUGUGAAUUGAAUCUGGCCCAAGAAGCGAAAGUUGGAUAUUCUGAUGAGCUUGUGAGCACCAUGAAAUGAAUGCCGGCAGUUCAAAGUGGUUGUGUGGUGAUUUGGAUCAAUGAAACAACACCAUUUGAGGAUUCUGUUUGAAGUUUGAACCACAACAUAUGAUACAAGACUGUCUAAACUGUGAUAGAAUUUUAAAAUAUGGUUAAAUUAGGAGAGGACGGGGUGCAGGAUUGUUAUUUUUUUUUUUUUUUUUGGCAUUAGGUGAUGUGGAUUCGAACUAUGUAUAAGGUAUAUUACCAUUAGUGUGUUUGGUAUGAUGUUUGA